AUGGCGGUCUUGAAGGGCUUGUGCUACAAGUACCUCAUCAUGAUAUACCAAGGCAUGGAGAUGAAGACAGGCUUCUACCUUCUUAUGGAGCUGGCCCUCUUGGGGAGCAUCCUGGAGUGGGUGCAGCACCAGAGACCUUGCUCCCAGGGCCAGGUAGGGCUCUGGUUCUCCCAGCUCCUCCUCGCUCUGGUCUACCUGCGCAGCAGGGUCAUUGUCCACACGUCGGUCGUGCUGAGCCAGAGCUUCUGUGGGUCCUACACCUACACCUGCCCCGAGAUCCUGCAGACACAGCCAUACAACCCCUUCCUGGCAGACACCUGUAGUGUCAGUGUCAUCCUCUAUGCCCUGCUCCUGGGCUGCAUGCCCUUCCAUGCCAGCAACCUGCAGUGCCUCCCGCACCAAACCAGUGGCCCCUCAUCUUCCCCUGAAGGCAGCCCCUGCUCCAGGACUGCAAG